AUUGUAACUGAAAUAUGGUGGAAGGCUGGGGAAUUCGGUUGAUUAUUCUGCUAUUUUCCUUAUUUGUUCUCUCCAGAACGAAAUAUCAAAAGGAAGUACGAUUCCACGAGCUGGAAGGCGAUAGGAUCUUGUUAAAAUGUCCAGAAUCUGGAGAGAAAUGUCGAAUAUUAGGAAUAGAAUUAAGAUCAGAUGCAUGCCACAAGACCUUGAUUAGUAUUCCUACUAAAAGUAACUCUUGUCAUAUUUCUGCUAAAGUCUUUCCCUUCUCUGUACAAAAUUGCACUAAUAUGCGACAAAACUCGGCAAAAGUUCAUUAUAAGUGUAUUUCAAAGGAUGAUCCUGUAAAAAUUUGGUCCUAUUGUUAUAAUACUGAAAAAAUGCCCAAACGUAUUAGCUGCUCAACUGAACAAAACAUACAAUUAAAAAAAGUCACCAUUUCCGAGUCUACAGGAGGAGAUUUAGAUGGAAAGCCAUCGUGUUUACCAACAAAAACUGAUUGGUCAUAUACUGACAAUGAUUUAGCUUUUCUAGAUCCAUUUCUAUGUGAUGGAUUUUCAGAGUGCUCGAGUUCUAUGAAAUAUCCCAGACAAAAUCCAAUUAUUGCGCGAAAAGGGAAUUACGAUAGUUAUCAUGUUAUUAGUUACAUUUCUAUUGAAUAUCUUUGCGUAAAUAAUCAAAAAUAUCGAGGUAAUGGAAAUCAGAAAGUUUGGGUUUGUAAUCCACACAAAUUUGAUGAAAUGAAAGUUACCGCCUUAACUAUUAACACUAAGAAUAUUCAAUGUUUGAAUGCUAUAGACCUGAAUAAUCCCAUAAAAAAAGAAAUUACAGAUAAAAGAGAAGCUUUUAUAAGAUUAUUUAUAACUGCUAAACAACAUUUGACUCAUGGAUCUGGCAAAGAAUAUUGUUGCUCCUUACAACCAAACUCAUCAAAGUCAAUGAAAGCUUCAUUCUCAUCAAUUAGUCACUACGGCUCUCGCUUUACUAAAGAUGCAAACCGUAUUGAUAUUAUACCAGAGGAAAUACAACCGAAUGAUGGAUACGUAUCAGUAAACAAUCUUAUAAGAAUAUGUUAUAUUUCAAAUAGAGAAAAGAUUGAAAUUAUGCAAUCAUCGUUUUUAUACGUAACAUCAUCUGGUAAUCUAAAAAUUCAAUGUCAAUCAGUUAAUAUUGGGGGUGGACAUUUUGGGAGUAGAUCAACAGUUAAAACUGUAAACAGUAUGGAAUUUACUACAAACAAGCAAACCUCAAAUUUAUUCACUCAGUCUUUUAAUAAUACUAAGAAUUCUGAAAGAAAUAUCAAAACAUUUAGCUUAAGCUUAGAAAUCUUAAUUGUAUUAGUAAUAAGCAUUGCAAUAGGCCUGAUCAUUGGUGUUUCUACAGUAUGUUGCAUAUUUGCUUGUAUAAGGUCAAGAAUAGCUGCGAAGAAAAAACGAAUUGCGAAACAUGUGACUCUACCCAAUUUAAAUCAAGUGUGCUACCAGGAGAAUUUUCCUUUAAAGGAACAAACUGCAACGCAUACUAUCGACAGAUAUCGACCUUUACCUCGUACUAGAGAGGAAAGACCUAUUUCCGAGCACGAUUAUGAGACUAUACCGGAACCAUCUGAUAAUUAUGGUGGUUAUUUGGAGGCAACCGACUUUCAGAGUACGUUUUUAAGAGAGAACCAUAUUAUGGACAUGGUUGACAAUCCACGCUAUUUGAGGUCGACUGAUGCUGUCUUAUCAAUGAUAUAAUUGAUUUUGAGAGAGAGAGAAAGAAAGAAAGAAAGAAAGAGAGAGAGAGAGAGAGAGAAAGAAAGAAAGAAAGA